AUAAAAUCCUUUUUUGUGACAAAAUACAAGCAAGACAAAACAUUUGUUUGCUAAGACAAUCAAAAGAACAAAACCCAGGUAGAAUCGGGGGUUUGAAUCCGCCAUGGCGGCUUUUUCCUGCUCCACUCAUCUCUCCCGACAGAAGGGCCUAUACACCAUCGCAUUGCUCCUUCUCUUCCUCCUCAUCAGCUUGUUCUAUUUCAACAAGCUGUCUCUCGAGCCCAAACUCACAACCUACAGAGAUCUAUUCUCAGAGUCCCGCCACCCUGCCUCUCUCCUUUCCCCUCGAAUAAUUACCGCCGCUCUGUUACAAGACGAGUAUAAUGUAUCCGCCGCUUCGAGCCCAGAUUUCGAUAAAACCGAUGAACAACCAACUCCGCCCAUUUCUUCAAAAAAAAUGGGAGGGGAAGUGGCAGAAUCGAAAGUUUACGAGGUAGCGAGUAUUGUGACGUCCGUGCCGUCGAUGUCUGAUUCAGAGGAGAUCAACAUUUCUACUAAGAAAGAGACUCAUCGAGCUGAUAGUGCCCAAGGGUGUAAUUUCUACAAAGGGGUUUGGGUGAAAGAUGAUGAUCAACCGAUUUACAGUCCUGGAUCUUGCCCCUAUGUGGAUGAGGCAUUUGACUGUCAACGCAAUGGCAGGCCGGAUUCACAGUAUCUGAAAUGGAAAUGGAAGCCGGAUGGAUGUGAUCUUCCGAGCAAAACAAGAGAGGAAGAUGGUUGAUUAUUUGCUUGCAGUUAAUUUUCUGUUGGGAAUCAGAAAUGGAAAUGGAAGCCGGAUGGAUGUGAUCUUCCGAGGUUUAAUGCAACAGACUUUUUGGUGAGAUUAAGAGGGAAAAGGCUGAUGCUUGUUGGAGAUUCCAUGAACCGCAAUCAGUUUGAGUCUUUGCUCUGCCUUCUUCGGGAAGGACUUGUCAAUAAGAGUAAAAUGUAUGAGACACAUGGAUAUAAAAUAACAAAGGGAAGAGGCUACUACAUUUUUAAAUUUGAGGAUUACCACUGCACAGUAGAAUUUGUGCGUUCUCAUUUUCUUGUCAGAGAGGGAGUGCGCAUUAAUGCACAAGGUAACUCAAAUCCAACUUUAUCUAUUGACCGUAUUGAUAAAUCAGCUCCUCGCUGGAAGCGUGCUGACAUUCUCAUUUUCAAUACUGGACAUUGGUGGGCCCAUGGAAAGACAGCCAGGGGGGAAAACUACUAUAAAGUGGGUGAUUAUAUUUACCCAAAGUUUGAUGCCAUGGAAGCUUAUAGAAUAGCUUUGAAGACCUGGGCAAGUUGGGUAGAUGAACAUCUGGGGCAGAAAAAAAUAGUAUUCUACAGAGGCUACUCAUCUGCUCAUUUCAGAGGCGGGGAUUGGGAUUCUGGCGGUUCCUGUAUUGCUGAAACUGAACCAGUUUUGAACGGAACCAUCCUUGAUAACUAUCCUCCCAAAAUGAAGAUAGUGGAUGAAGUGAUCAAAGAAAUGCAGACACCUGUGGUCCUACUAAAUGUGACAAGGUUGACCAAUUUCCGCAAAGAUGGCCACCCAUCUGUAUAUAUGAAAAUGGCAACUAAUGGCAAAAAGGUUUCCAGCAAACGGCAAGAUUGCAGCCAUUGGUGCCUCCCAGGAGUCCCUGAUGCUUGGAAUGAGCUCAUUUAUGCCUCUUUAGUUUUGAAACAAAUGUCUACAUUCAACUAAUUUUAACAAUGUUCGUUUGCUAGCAAGCAACCCUUUCCAAUCCCAUAUUGGAGUGGCUUUUUUUUUAGCUCUCCCGAACUGGGUAUUGUCCCUUUUUUGGAGGGGGGUUCCCAAGCAUUCAGAUUGUUCCAUUUGGGGGAAGAGACUCUGAACACCUACAUUCCUGGAUCAAGGAAUAUGAGUCGUCCAGGUUGUACAACUACAUGUAAUCUGAUGAAGGUGGCUUUCAAACAUGUGGAUCUGUGAUGAUCCCUUGCUUAAAAUAAUCUGAGGAUUUUGUGGUAUAAUGUUCCUCACUCUAACCGCACAUAUGGUGUAGUGUUUUCACAUUUUGAGAAAUCUUCACAAUUUAUUGCAAAUACUUUAAACAACCAGUUAGCCAGCCACUUAGCCUCACUCUGCGUAAGGGAUUCCUUCUUUUCUUGAACCGAUGCUUUAAUUUAUGUAAUAGAACAUAUGUGAACAAAUCUUGAAGAACCAAUGUUCUGUGGAGAAGUAAAUUAACUGUACCAGUUAACAAUUUGAUGGAGAGGUCUCUGUACUGUCAAUUAUCGUCAUCCCACACUCAUCUAUGGGUGGAGAGGGACCUGUUUCUCCCCAGAGAUAUGAAACGUAGCUAGAACACGUAAUACUGAUCUGGAGCUGGUCAAGUAGACCUAACAAUUUUCGGACUGGUCUGAUCCUACUUUAUAGUAACUGGAUUAGGAAAUACUCAAUUAGUUCCAGAUCAGGACUGAUAGGUGUUCGUUCAGUUUCCAUUCGCAAUUGGAAGCCACCCAUUCUACUAUGUAAAAAUUGUCUUUUGAUAUGAGUUUUGAACUGUGUUUAUAGUUACUCCCAUUCUACUAUGUAAUAUACUAAUAUGUAUUGAAAUGGAUUUAUUUUUUUGGGA